AGACACACGAACACACUCUGGCUAGAGCUGCCCUCUGGCGUGUCAGUGGCCCGGCUCCCUAGUCGGCUCCGCUCCGCUGGUGCGCGGCCUUGGUACCUGUCCGGCACUGUGUCCCAGAGCCAGCGCCCCUGACCAUCGGGCCAGGGAAGGCCAUGGUGUCCCUGCCCGGGUCCCCUGCGACCAGCCUGCUGCAGGUUUUGUUCCUGGGUCUGAGUACCUUCGCACCCCCCGCGUGCGCCCAGCUCCAGCUGCACACGCCUGCCGGCCUCACCCGGCUGCGGGCAGUGGAGGGAGCAGAGGUGGUGCUCCCGGCGUGGUACACCUAUCGCGGGGAGACGACUUUGGCCCAGCCGCCGUUGGAGGUGCUCACCUUAAUGUGGUUCUUGGAACAGAGUGGGAAGGAUCUGAAACAGGUGUUGGCAUACAUCAAUGGGGUCACAACAAGCCAACCUGGAGCAUCCCUGGUCUACGCCAUGCCCUCCCGGAAUGUGUCCCUGAGGCUGCAGGGCCUCCAGGAGAAAGACUCUGGGUCCUACCGCUGUUCUUUGAAUGUGCAAGACCGUCAAGGCAAAAGCAGGGGCCACAGCAGCAAAACUUUAACACUGGAUGUGCUGAUCCCUCCAGCUCCUCCAUCCUGCCAUCUCCUGGGUGUGCCCCGUGUGGGGACCAACGUGACCCUGAGCUGCCAGUCUCCAAGGAGUAAGCCCAUUGCCCAGUACGAGUGGGAGCGGUCACCCCCAUCUGCCGAGGUUUUCUUUGCACCAGUUUUAGAUACCAUCCGUGGGUCUUUAAGCCUCAAAAACCUCUCCGCUUCUAUGUCUGGAGUCUAUAUCUGCAAGGCCUACAAUGAGGUGGGCAGUGCCCACUGCAAUGUGACCCUGGAAGUGAGCACAGGGCCUGGGGCUGCAGUGGUUGCUGGAGCUGUUGUGGGCACCCUGAUUGGAUUGGGGCUGCUAGCUGGACUGGUCCUCCUGUACCAACGCCAGGGCAAGGCCCUCGAGGAGCCAGCCAAUGAUAUCAAGGAAGAUGCCAUUGCUCCUCGGACCCUGCCCUGGCCUAAGGGCUCAGACACAAUCUCCAAGAACGGGACCCUGUCCUCUGUCACCUCAUCACCAGCCCUCAGACCACCCCAACACCCUUCCAGGACUGGUGCAUCGACCCCCUCACCCAGCCUUCGUGCACUGACCCCCAUAUCUAGCCCUGGUGGGGUCGUAUCCUCUGCUCUGAGUCCAAAGCGUGCUGUCCCUGUGAUGGUGCCUGCCCAGACGCAGUCUGGGUCUCUGGUGUGAUGGCCCAGCUAUUCAUUGGCAGAGUCAUCUGGUUUCCCUCCUUCCUACAGUAAUUACUGUAGGGGUCACUCUAACACAGAGGCCUGAGUCUGGGAGGGUGGCCACCUUCUAGAGAUCUCCAGUCUUCUACCCCCACCUUUCUCUACUGGGAGAACACUGGGUCUCAAUUAAGGCUCAAACUUCCAGGAGGUAGAAGGAGAAGAGGAAAUGGACCUGGGAUUAGGAAGAGCCUAAACCCUCCCUGGAGUCCCCCUAACACUGCAGAGGAAUGCUGCUGAGAUUGGCUACCCUCCCCCACCCCAGGGCCCUGGUGGGAACUGCCAAUCAAUGAGUCCUCUGACCCCCUUGAUCUCUAUCCCACCCAUAUCUAACACCAUCCUUCACUCCCACUUCGCUCCAUUAAUUUAACCUGUCCUGCUGGCUUGGUUGGGUUUUGUGGGGGCAGGGGAUAGGGAAGGUAUUUGUGAAACUAACUUGAAAUGUGUGU